CAAAUCAUUGAAAAUGUCGUCUCCUUUCAUCGCCGACAAACCCCUCUCAUUUCGUUACAAACCCUUUUUUUGUUUCCACAAAUUGUAUCAUGAACCCUUUGUUGAUGAAAAAUGGAGAUUAUAGUCGACUAUGAUAUACAUCGACAACUUCAAGUGGAUGAGAAAUAGAGAUUAUAGGCUCAAACCGAAGCUACCAAUCUUCUAUGCGGUGCCAAAACCCAGUCGAAUCCGAAGAACACUGUUGGGAUCUUGAGAAUGGCAGAGUUGCGGAUCUCUGAUUAGAUCGGCAGUUGAGUUCCCGACAACUGAAUUGGCGCCAGCGGAGAAACAACGAAGCAGAGCGAUGAACAUGUCUUCAUCUUCUUACAACUUUUGCAUUGAAUCUUUUUCUUUGAUUAAAAAAAUCUAGAUUGGAGUGGUGUUGAUCAUGAGAACGUAAAGAGCAUAAAAAAUAAAUAUCUAAAUCAAAAGAGGAGCCGUAAGUUACAUUAUAUCCAUGAUAUUUUCUCAUUUGAUUGUUAUAAUAUUUACUAUUUAAUAAUUUCUCAUUUGAUUGAUACACGCCUUUCCUCCUCCUGGACUUGGAAACUGAUUGGGUGAUGAGGAGAAGAAAGCCAUUCUUACAUGCAAAACUGUAACGCCAAGAAUCAACAGCCAAAGGAUUAUUGUUUUCGUUCGAAGGGGUAUCUCUAACAAAAUCUCAAAUUUUAAGAGUUUUGGUGUCUCAAAAGAUUCUGCGUGUGAAGAAGCCUGGCUGCGAAAACGACUUCAUUUGGUUAAAGUUCAAUCGUGGAUUGGUGGUAAUGAAGAUGCUGAGUUAUUAGCUGAGUUUUGUUUGUGAUUUCCGCUUCAACUUACAUUCCAUCUUGAAGCGUAUGUUCAUAUUUUAACAGAUAGACCAACAAGCUUUAACAGAUUAUAAAGUUAUAUGUUUAGAGCUCUGAAUUUGACUUUAUCUGCACUGGCAUCAAGAUGGACAAAGGAUGGUGUUAUGGUUCUAGCUUCAACCCACUGUCUCAGCCUUUACGUGCAACAAUCCAAAUGCUGUUGGUGUCUUCCGAUGAAAUCUAAGAAGAACAUGUGUUAUACGGAUAAUAGCCAUGUGAUUACAGAUCGAGAUGGGAGGCGAGUUAGGACUAACAACUACAGAUGCGGUGGCUCAAGUUUUGGUAAAUUGCUGUUAUUUGAAUGGGGAAACACGGCACAUUCCAUUCCAGCUCUGGAACCUUGCGAAGCUUCUGGCAACUCCUUCAGCUGCACCUGCAUUGUUUGGAGGCGGCCUGCUUUGGUAUGUGAUGUACGAUCUUACCGACUACUACCUUCACCAUGCUAACCCAACUACAGCAGUGACCAAAAACCUCGAGAAAUCCCAUUUGACCAUCACUUCAGGAUUUAGGACAAGGGGUUUGGUGUAACUUCGUCGCUAUGGGACAGUGUUUGGUACCGUUAAUUAGCAUUGUUUUCUACACUUUUAUUUUGAUACAUGAAUUUUUAUAUUUUGGUUAUUAUAUAAUCUUAUGAGUACGUUUUUGACAUGGUUUCAAAGUGGUAGUAUAAAGAAAGAGUAAUUAUAAUAAAACAGGACGAACAAAGUGAUGCACACUGUGUGUUUGUGGCUA